UUUAGCACAAUGAGAGAUCCCUGUUACUUUGUAGCGAAAGGUGAUCUCCCUUCUGCCUUUAUAUUAUGAUGCUGUAGCGCUUCGGCCUAGGAGCUGGUUUUUGUUGCCCUUGCAGUUUCUGUCCGUGUAAAUAAUAACAGGCCGCCUCCGGGCACCCAACGUAAUGCAUCCGAUGCCGGUGUGCUCCGAUAGCCGGGGAGACAUAUUUGACUGUAUACAGAGGGGGAAUAUUGAACUGUGUAUACAGUUCAUUCAAAAUGACCGAUCGAUUCUCAAGGAAAAAGGCUGGGGUGGUUUCACCCCGCUCCACUACGCUGCCCUCCAUGGUACCCGAGCCCUGGUUGACCUUUUCCUCAGUAAUGGAGCUGACCCUAACCUGACAUGUGAUUCAGGACAGACAGCCUUUCAUUUUGCCUGCAGGCAGGGGAACAUCUAUAUCAUACACCAAAUGAUGCAGUAUGGAGCUGACUUGCGUCUCAUAGACCUGCAGAGAAAAACGUCACUGCAUCAUGCAGUCACGGGAGGCAGCAUUGUUGCAGUGCACUAUUUGUGGGAGACAGGAAUGUUCCGGUUCUCAGACACAGACAAGUACGAGGUGACACCCCUUCACCUGGCUGCCUCCACAGGCAACACAGAGGUGGUUCGGUAUUUGCUCAGAGACCAGAGAUGUGCUGUGGAUGCAGUUGACCAGCAGGGAGCAACCGCGCUUCAUGUUGCGGCAGAGAGGGGCGGAGUGGAAGUGUGCUGGACACUGCUGCAGAGAACAGGGUGCAGGAUGCUCUAUCAGAAGAACCACAGCGGCCUCACACCACUGGACCUCAGCAAACAGGGGAAAACAUUUAGACAUCAGCAACUCACCAAGCUACUGAGUCGGUACAUUAAUGAGCCAAUGCACCACAAGCCCACGGAGUCUCAUGUUUUGUAUUGUUGGACACUGUUUUUUCCAACCCUGGGUGGAGCUGCCAUCCUGCUGAUAGCAGCCAUGUUGGGAGGCUAUGGGGGGCUAACAUGUGGUUUGCUCUUCCCCUGGCUGGCCAGAAGCAUCUUCACACAGUUCCACCGCAUGACCACAUACCAAAGGUUACCUAACCCAAUCUACUUGGGAACCCUCAUAGCUGGCUUGUUUCAUUCCCUGCUCUGCUUCUAUGGAAAGAUGAUGCCUAGUGUGUGGUCAACCAGUGCUCUGGUCCAUGUGUCAAUGGUCCACUUCUCCUUAGUCCUCGGUUUGUUCUGCAAGGUUCUGACUCAGGACCCUGGGACACUGGACAGAGCAGAAGCAGAUUCUCGGUUCUCCUGUAUCGCUGACCUGGUUGAGAAGAACCAGAGCCCUCACAGGUUCUGUCCAUACUGUGAGUUGUUUCCGCCUGACUACACUAAACACUGCAAGCUGUGUGACGUGUGCAUCAAAGACUACGACCACCACUGCCUUUUCCUCAACCGAUGCGUCGGCCGCAGUAACCACCGCCUCUUCCUCGUCUUCAUCCUCUCCAUGGCAUUUGCCCACCUGCUUUUCGUUGCCACGGCGAUGAGUUACCUGUCCGAAAAGAUGCCUGCAGGCCGUGACAGCUUUUCAUCCUGGCUGACAUUGUUAGGGGAGGAGUUCUGGGUUGUGGUCAUGAUGAUAAUGAAUGCACUGACACUGCUUUGGGAGAUGUGGCUACUCAUCGAGCAGUUUGAUGCCAUCGCCACGGGAACGACCAUCUACUUCAGACAGUGUGAAAGCUCGGCCCGGCAGAGGUCUCUAAGACAGCGCUGGCUUAUGGUGCUGUCGUUUCUGUUCGAGGGCCGAAGACGGGUGGGAAGAGGACUAACACGAGAGGACAAAACUGCCAUAGACAUUUAAAAAUGUCAGUUAUUCUUGUAUCCAGCUGUUUGUGUCAUCGCUCACCUGCUUCACCAUUUACAGAGUCUCUAAUGCCAUAUGACAUGUUGUACUUGAAUGUAAAAUUUGGUUAUAUCUCAAUAUUCUAUUUUAAUAUAAGUUAGGCGACAGAAAACAUUGUGGCUAGCAGGAUAACUACCACUAAUAGUUUAGAUGUUCACCUAGCUUUUAGAAGCCUCACUGAAUACUUUUAAGAUAUCAGUGUUCUAAUUAACUUGAUGGUUUACAUUGUUCUGUGUCGUGAAGUACUUGAUUCCAAAACUGUGUUUUAGCAGGGUCACCUCUGAAUGAAUGCUCACAAAUACACCUGUUUUUAUAUUCUACAAAAAUUUGUUCCUGACAUAAUGUCAUUACCUCUCUGAACUAGUCAUUUGAGCCAUGACACUUCCUCUGCUCUCACUAAUGAGACAUGCUCUUUUCAUCCCUUCAAUUGAACACACUCAUUUCCUUUGUUACCCUCAGGACCAUAUUUCUAGAUUAUAGAUGAGGUUCCCCACACCCCUCAGAGGCUGGUGUGUCUGGACUAUGUGAGAGGCUACGUCACGUGGUAUUAUUUAGUGCCUACUCUACGUCAUGCAUAUGAAAUGGUUAAGAUGGGCGCAUGUAAGCCUGUGACUGCUGUUACUGUAUUUUUCUGUCCCUGGAUCAGUGUUAUUGUAUGUAGUAAUUUAAUAUAUUUUGUGUACUAAUGUAUUUUAUCUGUGGUUACACAAUGUAUUUUGGUUUCCAAAAUUAUACCUCAUUUGUGCCAUGAUGUUUUAUGCGGAAUAAAAAACA